AUGGAUCUUCCAAUGGAACAUGCACUCCGCCGGUCAAUGCUGCUGAUCCGAGGGCAACCGGGUAAAUCGGACCAUCUACAAGACAUCCUGUUCGAUACGGCCAUCAAGUACACACAUACCGGGUUUCGUGUUCUGUUCUUUACGCAAAAGCCGCUCGAACGGGUCGCAACCAGCAUCCGGGAACAAUUUAGCGAUCUGUUCAAAAUGAUUACCUUUAUCUAUGUUCAAACAAUCGAUGCAGCCUUGAAACGUCUGCUGGAUCUGCAACGCUGGACUAACUGCAUUCCGGGCUUAAUUAUAGUCGAGUCGUUUGAUCUGUUAAUCACAUCGAAUCCGAACGAUACGCAAAACAAGCAAGACUUCCAGCUUGCGUUAUUUUUGGCCACUCUAGCAGAUACUGUGCGCACGAUUUCGUUAAAUCAGAAAGAGACGUGCAACUGUAUCGUUUCGUUGAACCAUGGAACACUGGCGACGAUGCCUUUCGAACUAUUCUAUCGGGAGCAUAACGUGCUCGAUUUGAGCCAUAUACACGAAUCAUCGGACAUUCUAUCCGUUAUGAUGGAAAAUGAGCAUAGUAUAGAGAGUAAUUUAUCGUAA